AUGAUAGCAGGAGCUCAUAAAUUUCACAGUGCACAGCAGCUGAUUGGUCCAACUGUUUCUUUUUCCUUCCAGUACUUGGGCUGUAUAGAAGUCUUACGGUCAAUGAGAUCUCUUGACUUCAGUACUAGAAUGCAGGUUGCAAGGGAAGCAAUCAGUCGUGUUUGUGAAGCCAUGCCUGGUGCCAAAAAAGCCUUCAAGAAACGAAAGCCACCAAGCAAAGUCCUUUCUAGCAUCUUGGGAAAGAGCAAUCUUCAGUUUGCAGGAAUGAGCAUAAUGUUGAAUAUCUCCACCAGCAGCUUAAAUCUAAUGAAUCCAGAUACAAAACAGAUCAUAGCAAAUCACCAUAUGCAAUCUAUCUCCUUUGCGUCUGGAGGUGAUCCGGAUACUUCAGACUAUAUUGCAUAUGUAGCUAAGGAUCCUGUUAAUCGCAGAGCUUGUCAUAUACUGGAAUGUUGUGAUGGGCUGGCCCAGGACGUCAUCAGCACCAUAGGGCAAGCAUUUGAACUUCGAUUUAAGCAGUACUUGCAAUGCCCCUCUAAGACACCUACUUUCCCUGAUAGGAUGCAGAGUUUUGAGGACCCAUGGACGGAGGAAGAUAACGAGGCAACAGACCAUCCCUAUUACAACAACAUCCCAAAUAAAAUACCUCCCCCUGGCGGAUUCCUUGAUGCCAGGCUCAAAACAAGGCUUCCCACUGCUGCAGACACAGCUCAUUCUGCAUCAGGAGUGGGAGGAGAGCAAAUUUAUUAUCAGAGCCACCACGUAGGAGAAAAAUUCAGUGAAGAAUGGCAUCACGGGCCUGUUAAACAAGGAUCUCUGGAUAUUUGUAGUAUGUCAGAAGAGAAAUCAGAAGUAGCACCAACAGCACAGCUGCCAAUAUAUGUAAACACCCAGAAUAUAAAUAGAGAAGAUCUAUUGGCACUUCAGGCAGAUGCUGAAAGUACCUUCGGUGGAACAGCAGAGGAUGCUGAAGCAAGCAGCCCAGGAAAGGAUCUGUUUGACAUGAAACCAUUUGAAGAUGCUCUCAAGAGUCAAACAUCUGAGGCUAUGUUGAAGAAAUCCACCUCCACGGGAUGCACCAGUCCUCCUUUAUCCAGAGCAGCUGUCCGGACUGAAGCUGAAGAGCUGAGUACAGAGCCAUGGUAUCAAGGAGAGAUGAGCAGGAAAGAAGCAGAACAGCUAUUAAAGAAAUGUGGAGAUUUCCUCGUGAGGAAGAGUACCACGAAUCCUGGCUCCUAUGUGCUGACAGGCAUGCACAAAGGACAAGCCAAGCAUCUUCUUUUGGUGGACCCAGAAGGAACUGUUCGUACAAAAGAUCGCGUCUUUGACAGCAUAAGUCAUCUCAUCAACUAUCACCUUGAGAAUAAUUUGCCUAUAGUUUCUUCAGUGAGUGAGCUCUGCCUGCAACAGCCUGCUGAAAGAAAAAACUGAUUCCAGAUAACU